UGCAAAAAUUUCUCCCCAUUCGCCGAUUUCUCUGAAGUCUGAACCCUACCUUUCUCUCUCUAAACCCAAAAGCUUGGGUUUCGUUUUGAUUCGGCUAGAAUCGUCUGAAAGCGAUGAAGGUUUUGAAAUCGUCUGUGGGAGACGGUGAUGCCUGGCCACCGGGGUUCCGAUUUCAUCCGACCGACGAAGAACUUGUGCUGUACUAUCUCAAGAGGAAGAUCUGUCGCAUGCGGCUCAAGCUCGACAUCAUCGCAGAGACCGAUGUCUACAAAUGGGAUCCAGAAGAGUUGCCAGGGCAAUCUAUAUUAAAGACUGGGGACAGACAAUGGUUCUUUUUCAGCCCUAGAGAUAGGAAGUACCCCAACGGAGCUAGAUCAAAUAGGGCAACCAGACAUGGGUACUGGAAAGCAACCGGAAAGGACCGUGCCGUUAAAUGCAAUUCUCGUUCUGUUGGGGUGAAGAAGACUCUGGUUUUCUACAAAGGUCGUGCACCUAGUGGUGAACGCACAGAUUGGGUGAUGCACGAGUACACCAUGGACGAAGAGGAACUCAAGAAAUGCCAAUCUGCACAGGACUAUUUUGCAUUGUAUAAAGUCUUCAAGAAGAGUGGACCUGGUCCAAAAAGCGGCGAACAGUAUGGUGCUCCAUUUAAGGAAGAGGAUUGGGCUGAGGAGGAGUACUCAAAUGGUAAUCAUGAUCUCCAGGAAAAUUCUGUGAUGCAGGUCAAUGAUGUUGCUUCCGCCUCUAUGGCACCAGUCCGAGAGGAUGAAACUGGUAACAUCAGGGCAAAUGGUCAUGUGUCUUCUAAAAGGGAUCUCGAGGAGUUCAUGAACCAAAUUACGGAUGAACCUUCUUUUACCCAACUACUCGCUGUGGUGGAUCCAUUGGUGGAUCCAUCCUUUAGGGAAGCCAAUAGUCUUGGACAGAGCAUAGUGACCCACCCAAACAGCCAGCAGUAUGAUUUGCAGUCAAGCUUUGACUUGACUCGGUCUGCCAUCCCUAAUGCACAAAUGCAUGAGGCACUUGAGGUCACAUCUGCUGUGAAUGUUUGUGAACAGGGACCUAAUGCAACUGAGGAUGAUUUCAUUGAAGAUUUAAUUGAAAUGGAUGAUCUUUUUGAAAUGGAUGAUCUUGUUGGUCCCGUAGCUGCUGUUCAGGACAUUGAGAACUUGCAGUUUUCUGAGUUGAAUGGAUUGGCUGAGGUGGAGAAAUUGAGUGAGGUUGAUGACCUCUACCUGGACACAGCCAUGUUUCUUCAUGACAUAAACCAAGGGCCACAGUCGCCAGAGUCAUAUUUUAAUAAUCUAGAGGAUGGGAUGCUAAAUCCCCUGGAUUUCCAGUUUGAUUCCUGUUUGAAUGAUGCAAAUCACAGCAUAAUUACACCAGCAGUAUCAAAUCACGGUACUGUUCCUGAACCAGCUUCAGGUGUGGUAUGCGCCGCUGGUAAUUCUGGAAAUCUUCCUACUAGUACAAAUCAAAAUGAAAGUGGCAAAGAGGACGAUGGUACAGUUACGUGGUUCUCUUAUGCUCUAUGGUCAUUUGUGGAGUCGAUACCCACCACUCCGGCUUUCGGAUCAGAGAGUGCCUUGGUGAAUAGGGCUUUUGAGCGAAUGUCUAGCUUUGGCAGGGUGAGGAUCGACGCAGGGAACACAAAUGUUGCUGCAGGUAACUCCACUGCAACUGUAAUAAGAUCAGGCAAAUAUAAUUGUAAUUUUUUGUGUUUUUCUGUUGGUAGAGUGGUGUGUGCUAUAUUGUGGAUGAUAGGAUCUGUAAAGUGUAAAGUGUCUUUGGAAGAUUCAUUUCUUAUUCAAUUCAAUUGGUUCAUUUUAUAAUUUUUUUUGUCAGUCGUUGGGUUUAUGGGCAAAGCCUAUUUUGAAUUUUUUCUUUAAAUUUAUUUUUACUGUACUUAUGUCAUAUUAUUAUGUACUUAUAAAAAAUAUCAGUAAUACAUGCAUAUUUUGCCUUUGCCAUGAUAUUUUUUAAUAAAUUCAAAUAUGGAAAAAGAGGGGAAAGAAAAAAAAAAUUUGGCCUAGUUGAUAUGAAAAAAAAAAAAAGAAAAAAAAAAGGGGGUUGUUCUGUAUACCCGCCUGACCCGUGAAAAUUCAGAUUGGGUGUCACGCUUUGAAGCCCAUGCUUUGAAUAUAAUUGGGUUGGUCCAAUCUGAAGUUGUGUUGAGGUUGGGUUUGGGUUGGGCUGGGCAGGGCAGGCCCAAGUUGCACCCCUCACAUUACAACGGGCCUAAUACUUUGUCACUAUAAAAAAAGAAGACGAAGAAGAUUAAAAAAAAAAAAAAAAAAAAAAAAAA